AUGGCUCUUAAUAAUCAGACACUGGUCACUGAAUUUAUUCUCCAGGGCUUCUCUGAAAACCCUCAUCUUGACAUUCUCUUCUUUUGUUUCUUCCUGUUCUUCUAUGUCUUGGCUAUUAUUGGCAAUUCUCUCAUCAUUGCUUCAAUUUGGAUCACUGCAGGCCUUCAUACACCCAUGUAUUUUUUCUUGAUCAAUUUGGCCUUGUUGGAUAUCAUUUGCACCACUACAGUGGUGCCCAAGUUGUUGGAGAAUCUGGUGGAGGGGAAGAAAACCAUCCCCUUUGUUGAGUGCAUGACCCAGAUCUUUGUCUUCUCUUGGGCUUUGGGUUCUGAGCUCCUUCUUUUCACAGCUAUGGCUUAUGAUCGGUAUGUGGCUAUUUGCCGGCCCUUACAUUAUAGCACUCUGAUGAGUGAGAAGAUCUGUGGGAUGUUGGUGACUGGAGUAUGGUUUAUGGGUGGGAUGAAUUCUGGAAUCCACACAGCCAUGCUGUUACAAUUGUCUUUCUGUGGUCCUAAUGUCAUUGAUCACUUUUUCUGUGAGAUCCCCCAAAUGUUACCACUCUCUUGCUCCCCAACAAAAGUGAAUGAACUCAUGACGCUUUUCACAGAUCUCCUCUUGGCUGGUACCAAUUUCUUAUUGACAAUAAUGUCCUAUGGCUUUAUCAUCGCCAACAUCAUGAAGAUCCGAUCUGAAGAGGGAAAGAAGAGAGCGUUUUCUACUUGUUCUUCCCACCUUAUUGUAAUCACCAUUUUCUAUUUUGCUGCAUUUUCUGCUUAUAUAAGUCCAAGUACUAGCUAUUCUCCUGAAAAAGGGAAAGCUGUUGCUGUGAUGUAUACCACUCUAAGCCCUGCUAUAAAUCCACUGAUCUAUACUCUGAGAAACAAGGAUGUCAAAGCUGCCCUCAAAAAACUCUUUGUGAUGUGGUUCUCAUUUUAG